UUUGACCAAAGAGAUAGCUAUUGCAAAUUAAGAACACAGUCAGUAUACUCCUACCAUAUUGUUUGCAUAUUGCUCUAGUAUUCAAUAGAUUUCAGAAAUGGAUAUUGGCUUAGCAGUUGGUGGUGCAUUUCUCUCUUCAGUCCUGCAAGUCCUAUUCGAUAGGCUUGCUCCUCAGGGCGAGCUGCUGAAGAUGCUUCGAAGGGACAAGCAUGAUCUUCGGAUUUUAAAGAAGCUGAGGAUGACUUUGCUCAGUCUUCAGGCUGUACUAAGUGAUGCACAGAAUAAGCAAGCAUCAAAUCCAUACGUGAAUCAGUGGCUUAAUGAGCUUCAAGAUGCUGUGGACAGUGCUGAGAACUUAAUUGAAGAAGUCAAUUAUGAAGUUUUGAAAUUAAAGGUGGAAGGUCAGUGUCAAAAUCUUGGAGAAACACGUCACCCGCAGGCAAGUCACCUCAGCUUGUCCUUGAGUGAUGAUUUUUUUCUUAACAUAAAGGAUAAGUUGGAAGACAACAUUGAAACAUUGGAGGAGUUGCAAAAGCAAAUUGGCUUCCUUGACCUGAAAUCGUGUCUUGAUUCAGGUAAACAUGAAACUAGAAGACCUUCAACUUCUUUGGUUGAUGAAUCUGAUAUCUUUGGUAGGCAAAAUGAAGUAGAGGAAUUGAUAGGCCGUUUAUUGUUUGGGGAUGCAAAUGGAAAAAAUUUGACUGUAGUUCCUAUUGUUGGAAUGGGGGGCGUUGGCAAGACAACACUUGCUAAAGCUGUUUACAAUGAUGAGAAGGUAAAAUACCAUUUUGAUUUGAAAGCUUGGAUCUGUGUGUCUGAACCAUAUGAUGCUGUCAGAAUAACAAAAGAGCUACUUCAAGAAAUUAGCUCAUUUGACUGUCUGAUUAAUAACACCCUUAAUCAACUUCAGAUCAAAUUGAAGGAAAGCUUGAAAGGCAAAAAGUUUCUUAUUGUUUUAGAUGAUGUCUGGAAUGAUAACUAUGAUGAGUGGGAUGACUUGAGAAAUACAUUUGUGCAAGGAGAUAUAGGAAGCAAGAUCAUUGUGACGACACGUAAGGAGAGUGUUGCCUUGAUGAUGGGUUAUGGCGAAAUGAAUGUGGGCACUCUCUCUAGUGAAGUCUCUUGGGCUCUAUUCAAACGACAUUCAUUAGAAAACAGGGAACUUGAGGAACAUCCAAAAUUUGAAGAGGUCGGAAAACAAAUUUCACACAAGUGCAAAGGAUUGCCUUUAGCUCUAAAGGCAAUUGCUGGUAUUUUACGCUCCAAAUCAGAGGUGGAUGAGUGGAGAGACAUUUUAAGAAGUGAAAUAUGGGAGCUUCCAAGUCAUUCGAAUGGAAUCUUACCAGCAUUGAUGUUGAGCUACAAUGAUCUUCCUCCACAUUUGAAACGGUGUUUUGCUUUUUGUGCAAUAUAUCCCAAAGAUUAUCCAUUUUGCAAAGAACAAAUUAUUCACCUGUGGAUUGCUAAUGGUCUUGUACAGCAGUUGCAUUCAGCUAACCAAUACUUUCUCGAGUUGAAAUCGAGAUCAUUGUUUGAAAGGGUCCAAGAGUCUUCUGAAUGGAAUUCGAGGGAAUUCUUAAUGCAUGACCUUGUCAAUGAUUUGGCCCAAAUUGCAUCUUCAAAUCUUUGUAUCAGGUUGGAAGAGAACCAGGGAUCUCAUAUGUUGGAACAAAGUCGGCACAUAUCCUAUUCAAUGGGAGAAGGUGAUUUCAAAAAGUUGAAACCCUUGUACAAAUUGGAGCAGCUGAGGACAUUGCUUCCCAUCAAUAUCCAGCGGCGUUCAUUCCGUCUAAGCAAGAGGGUGCUGCAUGACAUAUUUCCAAGACUAACAUCCCUAAGGGCACUAUCACUGUCUCGUUAUGAGAAUGAGGAGUUGCCAAAUGACUUGUUUAUGAAAUUAAAGCACCUAAGAUUUUUGGACCUUUCUUGGACACAGUUAAAAAAGUUGCCAGAUUCAAUUUGUCUACUGUACAACUUAGAGACACUUCUCUUGUCACAUUGUAGUUAUCUUAAGGACCUACCGCUGCAAAUGGAAAAGCUAAUCAAUUUGUGUCACCUUGAUAUUAGCCGCACUUCUCGCUUGAAGAUGCCGCUACAUCUGAGCAAGUUGAAAAGCCUUCAUAUGCUAUUUGGAGCUAAGUUUCUUCUUACUGGUUGCAGUAGUUUGAGAAUUGGGGAUUUGGGUGAAGUGCAUAACUUGUAUGGAUCUCUAUCAAUUGUAGAGUUGCAAAAUGUGGUUGAUAGAAGGGAAGCUCAGAAGGCAAACAUGAGGGAAAAGGAACAUGUUGAAAGGUUAUCUUUGGAGUGGAGCGGAAGAAUUGCUGACAAUUCACAAACUGAAAGAGACAUACUUGAUGAGCUACAACCAAAUGCAAGCAUAAAAGAACUCCAAAUCAUCGGAUAUAGAGGGACAAAAUUUCCAAAUUGGCUAGCUGAUCAUUCAUUUCAUAAGCUAAUAAAAUUGUCUCUUAGCGACUGCAAGGACUGUGAUUCCUUGCCAGCACUAGGACAACUUCCUUCUUUGAAAUUCCUUUGGAUUAGGGGGAUGCAUCAAAUAACAGAGAUGACUGAAGAGUUCUAUGGUAGUUUGUCCUCCACAAAGCCAUUUAACUCUCUUGAGAAGCUUGAAUUUGUAGAUAUGCCGGAGUGGAAGCAGUGGCAUGUACUGGGGAAGGGAGAAUUCCCUAUACUUGAGGAACUUUCGAUUGAAGAUUGCCCCAAGUUGAUCGGAAGGUUGCCUGAAAAUCUUUCUUCUCUGACAGGAUUGAGAAUUUCAAAAUGCCCUGAACUCAGUUUGGAGACACCUAUCCAACUUUCAAAUUUAAAAGAGUUUAAAGUUGUUGAUUCUCCAAAGGUUGGAGUUGUUUUUGAUGAUGCUCAACUGUUUACAUCUCAACUUGAGGGAAUGAAACAAAUUGUUGAAUUAGUAAUUACUGAUUGUAAGUCUCUUACCUCCUUACCUAUUAGCACUCUGCCGAGUACCUUGAAGAGAAUAAGAAUAUCUGGUUGCGGGAAACUAAAAUUGGAGGCGUCGACGAACGCUAUGUUUCUCGAGGAACUGUCUCUAAAAGGAUGUGAUUCACCUGAGUUUGUCCCAAGAGCACGCUAUUUGAGUGUAAGGAGUUGCCACAACCUUACUAGACUUUUGAUUCCUACUGCCACUGAAAGACUCGAUAUUAUUGAUUGUGAGAAUCUUGAAAUACUUUCAGUGGCAUGUGGGACUCAGAUGACGUGGUUGCAUAUUUAUAACUGUAAGAAGCUGAAGUCUCUGCCAGAGCAUAUGCAGGAACUCCUUCCAUCCCUCAAGGAACUGUCAUUGGAAAAAUGUCCAGAAAUAGAGUCCUUUCCUGAAGGAGGAUUGCCCUUCAAUUUACAACUUCUUGGGAUCUGGAAUUGCGAGAAACUGGUGAAUGGACGAAAGGAUUGGCGUUUACAGAGACUCCACCGUCUCGAAGAGUUGAGUAUCAUCCAUGAUGGCAACUACGAAGAGAUUCUGGCAGAUGAGAAUUGGGAGUUGCCUUGCUCUAUUCAAAAGCUUACUAUAUCCAAUCUGAAAUCAUUUAGCAGCCAAGUUCUCAAAAGCCUCACCUCUCUUAAGUACCUAUAUGCUGCUAAUUUACCUCAAAUGCAGUCACUGCUGGAAGAAGGGCUUCCUUCAUCUCUUUCUGAGCUAGAAUUAUAUCACCAUCAUGACCUUCAUUCACUACCAUCCGAAGGUCUUCAGCGCCUCAUGUUGCUUCGACAUCUAGCCAUUUGGAAUUGCCCUAAUCUCCAAUCUCUUGCCAAAUCGGAGAUGCCCUCCUCCCUCUCUAAGCUGAGAAUCUUGAAUUGCUCUAAUCUCCAAUCUCUUGCUGAAUUGGGGAUGCCCUCUUCACUCUCUGAGCUGGUCAUUACUAAUUGCCCUAAUCUCCAAUCUCUUCCAGUAAAAGGGAUGCCCUCUUCCAUCUCUACACUAACUAUUUACUGGUGCCCAUUGCUAAAACCACUCCUAGAAUUUAACAAGGGAGAAUACUGGCCAAAUAUUGCUCAUAUUUCCACCAUAAAUAUUGAUGAAGAAUUCCAGUAA